UCUUCUUCUUCUUCUUCUUCUUCUUCAACCUCCUUUUCCUCAAACCAUCCAAUUGAGAAGCAGCAAUGGCUUCAGCGAGCAGAGCUUCUUGGAUUGCGGCGGCGAGCAUCAGCAUGGUGGAAGCCCUAAAGGAUCAAGGUGGUCUUUGCAGAUGGACCUAUGCUAUGAGGUCUCUGCACCAAAAGGCGAGAAAAGAGUUGGGUUCCUUUUCACAGACAAUAAAAACACCUUCUUCUUCUUCUUCUUUGAUGGUUGUUAGCAGAGGCGUGGUAACAAAAGCAGAACAAACUAAGAGAGCAGAGGAGUCAUUCAGGAAAGUCAUGUACUUGAGCUGCUGGGGUCCAAAUUAGGAUGCUUUAGACGAGUCCAGCACAAGUAAUUGUAGAAAAUCCAACGACCUUUACUUCAGUUGAUGGAAUUUUUCGUGUAUUUUCUUUUUCUUUUUUGCUUAUUAAUUUUGAAUAAAACUAUAAAUAUCAUCUAAGAUGAAACCCUUCUGGACCAAUGUUUGUGGGAGAAGUACUGAAU